GAGGGAGUGAUAGAACACUGUGUGUGUGUGUGUGAGAGAGAUAAGAGGAGAAGGAAGGGUCAUUAAGGGUUUUCCAGUAAAUAAUACUUUCACUUUCAACGGUCACCGGAGAAGAAACAGCGUCUGCCGCUCGCCUAACAGAAUACAGUGUCCUUCACUGAGGGACGCUCAGGGAUUAUUACAGGGAAUGGAGAUUGUAAUACUUGUUUCAUUAUUGUCUCUGUAUUGUGACUUCACCGAUGCUGAGUGCCUGGUGAUCAGUCCUGCCAGGCUGGUGGUGAAGUAUGGAGACCCAGCCUCCUCUAACUGCAGCUCAGAUACCCCUGUACAAAUGGGCUGGGAAGCCACCCAGGGAGGGACGGAUCUAACAGACAAGGAGGUGAAGUUCCUACACUGGAGGGUGGACAGUGUGACUGACUGGAAUAUCAAACCAACAUGCUACACAGAAGGAGGCCAGUGUCAGAAACAGCUGGACAUCACAGUUUAUAAGCUUCCAGACAGUGUGUCCAUGACAGGCCCCUCAGGUCCGAUGGUUGAGGGGAAAGAGUACGAGUUUAAGUGUCUCAUCCAGAAGGUCGCUCCAGGUAACAGUCUCAAUGUGUCCUUCUACAAAGCCUCUGCCAUCGGUAGAAAGACAAAGACAUUGUUAUAUGCACCAGAUGUACCAAGGCAGACCACCAAGGAACCUAUUAGUGGGGAAUAUCCCCUGCUGUGGUCCCCCAGUAGAGGUGAUGAUGGGGCCCAGCUCUGGUGUUCAGCCCUGUUAGGACUGGGAGAACUGGGACCCCAACCUCCUCCUGAAGUGGAAUCAGAGCCCUUCAAACUCACCGUGCACUCAUGUUCCGGUCAGGCUGCUGGAAGUGCCAUGGUGGCGGUGUUUCUCCUCCAGCUCAUUCAUUGGCUGUAAGACCACUUCCUGAACCCACUGAUUGGCUGAAUACAUGUGAUUCUUUUCCAACCCCCUCCCACUGUGGCUGUCUGUCCACUUUCUGCUAACUAUUGAUUUAUGGCCUUCCCUGUGGCUCAGUUGGUAGAGCAUGGUGUUUGCAACGCCAGGGUUGUGGAUUCGAUUCCCACGGGGGGCCAGUACAAAAAAAAAAAUGAAUGAGAUGAAAAUCAAAUGUAUGAAAUGUAUGCAUUCACUACUGUAAGUCGCUCUGGAUAAGAGCGUCUGCUAAAUGACUAAAAUGUAAAAUGUAAAUGUAUAAUUGUCAGGUAUAUGCAGGGAGUCAGGUGCAGUAGGACAGUUUGAUAACGAUGAUGCUAGUUAAAUGAACAAUACAGGGGAUGAGUACUGAACAUGAAAACAAACCUCUACUGCCUGAUGACUGAAGCUACCGAGGGCUACAUGAAGGGAAGGUAGUCAAGAUGAUGAAGUCCAGGUGAUGGGACGCAGGUGUGGGUAAUGAUGGGGAGCAUGUGUGGGUAAUGAUGGGGCGCAGGUGUGGGUAAUGAUGGGGAGCAGGUGUGGGUAAUGAUGAGGAGGUAUUAUGAUGGUUAGUAGACCGGCGACGUCGAGUGCUGGAGAGAGGGAGCGAGUUGGUGACCUGACCAUAUCCACAUAGAAAUGUGAGUUAUAGAUAUGUCAUUCUCAUUGAAAGCAAGUCUAAGAAGCGGUAGAUCUGUUCUACAUGCGGUAUUUCUAUGCUCCCCUUAAGUUUCAUUUUUUUGCUGAGUGAUUUCUGCAUAGUGCAGCUUUGAUUGAUUACCAUGACGACAAUACUUUGAUCGUAUUACCUUGUACCUUUAUAAUUUUGCCUUAUACAUAUAAUGGAGUUCAUUAAUUUGACAAUGUUAUUACUUGCAUUUGAUUUCACGAUCUCAGACCAUUCUUGAUGCCCAUUCAUUACUUCAUUCUACAUUUCCUUAUUAUCUUAUGGAGUCAGAUCAAAUACAAUUGACUAUUUACUUUGUUCAUAUCCAAAUUACAUUGUCUGAUUAUGGUGAGGACUUUUUUGUUUACUUCUUUCUCUUUUAUUAUCUGACUGAGUACUGUAUCCAGUUUCAAUAAAUAAAAAUCUAGUUUUUA